CCGUCUCCGUGUUAAUUUUAUUUACUCUUCUCCAAAAAUCCAAGAUGGCUGCUGUGAGGGGAGCGCUCCCCGCCGCGCAGCGAUAGACACCGAACAUGGACGAGCGGACAGCGGGACCGUGUGGCCGGCCAUCUUUAUUCACCGUAACCCACCGUUGAGGAGGAGUGGAGAGCAGUGUGAAAGCUGUGGAGUAUCUGGGUGGAGUGUGUUUAGAGCGGGUUGUUUGGAAGUUGUGAGUGAGUGAGUGAGGUGGUGUGUGUGUGUGUGUGUGUGUGUGAGAGAGAGAGAGAGAGAGAGAGAGAGGUGGUGGUGUGUGUGUGUGAGAGAGAGAGAGAGAGAGAGAGAGGUGGUGGUGUGUGUGUGAGAGUGAGAGAGAGGUGGUGUGAGUGUGUGUGAGUGAGGGUGAGGUGGUGUGUGUGUGUGUGUGUGUGUGUGUGUGUGUGUGAGAGAGAGGUGAGGUGGUGUGUGUGUGUGUGUGUGUGUGUGUGUGUGUGUGUGUGUGUGUGAGAGAAAGAGAGAGAGGUGGUGUGAGGUGAGGUGGUGUGUGUGUGUGUGUGUGUGAGUGAGACAGAGAGGUGGUGUGAGGUGAGGUGGUGUGAGAGUGAGAGAGAGGUGGUGUGAGUGUGUGUGAGUGAGGGUGAGGUGGUGUGUGGGUGAGGUGGUGUGUGUGUGAGUGAGGGUGAGGUGGUGUGUGGGUGAGGUGGUGUGUGUGUGUGUGUGUGUGUGUGAGAGAGAGGUGAGGUGGUGUGUGUGUGUGUGAGAGAGGUGGUGUGAGGUGGUGUGUGUGUGUGUGUGAGAGUCGUGGUGUGAGGUGGUGUGUGUGUGUGUGAGAGAGGUGGUGUGAGGUGGUGUGUGUGUGUGUGUGUGAGAGGUGGUGUGAGGUGGUGUGUGUGUGUGUGUGUGUGAGAGAGGUGGUGUGAGGUGGUGUGUGUGUGUGAGAGAGAGAGGUGGUGUGUGUGAGAGAGAGGUGGUGUGUGUGUGUGAGGUGGUGUGUGUGAGAGAGAGAGAGGUGGUGUGAGGUGGUGUGUGUGUGAGAGAGAGGUGGUGUGUGUGAGGUGGUGUGUGUGUGAGGUGGUGUGAGGUGGCCCUGCUCCAAAUGGCCGAACCCAGAAAAGUCUCCUUUGUGACUGUCUCGGCCUUCACCGCUGCCGCUUCUCCUGCGGGCUCUGAGGCCAGGAAGCGGCGUCUGGACGCGGACACCGAGCCGAGCCGGGAGCCGGGACUCGGAGCUCCUGAGGCGGCUGGUUCGGGUGGAGCUCCGGGGCAGAGCGGGACCGUGCGGAUAAACAUCACCCUGCCGGAGAGCACCAAGCUGGGCUUCCCGGAAUUCAGCUACAGCGACCUGCUCCAGGCGAAGAAAACUCCUCCCACUGUGACACAGACACAUGACCCGUUUAAUGACGAGCAACAACAGAAACAGGAAAUGGAAAUUCUGGCCAGGAUGUACGAAGAGAAAUAUGGUUCAGGAUGCAGGAGGAAGCGUGAGGAUCGGCCCCAGGAUCUCAUUGAUAUCGGGUUUGGUUAUGACGAAAGUGACUCGUUCAUUGACAACUCCGAGGCCUACGAUGAACUGGUUCCUGCAUCUCUCACCACGAAACUGGGAGGGUUUUACAUCAACACUGGCACGCUGCAGUUCCGCAACGCCUCGGAGUCAGAGAGCGACGACAUGGAAAGACACGACGACAGCAGGGGUGACGAAGAGUCAGCGGUGAAGAGGAGGAGGAGAGAUGAAGCAGAGCUGGAGGAGGAGGAGGAGAUGAACAACCAACUAACAAAGACAGCCAUGUGUCGUCCGGAGAAGAAGAAAAGGAAGGAGCUGAUGCUGACGGCAAUGCUGAGACGCUUCGCACGCGAGAAGAAAGAAAUGCACAAACUAAACCCGACUAACAGCAUACAGCUCCUCCACAGUGACGUGCUGCUCGGUGACCUGACCUCUGACCCCGCCAUGAUGUCACUGCUCACCUCAGCCAACGAGAGCGAGCUGCAGGAUCUGCUGAAUGACCUGGAGUUCAGCGCUCUGGACAUGGCGCCUCAAACUCAGCUCGCAGAAAACGGACUGAUGUAUGCAGGGGCGGGACUGAGAACGGUGGGCAGGACUUGUUUGAACCAAGGGGUGGGGGUUGUGUGUCCUCCCCCUCUUCCUGAAGGUCUCCCCGCCCCACUGGCCAAACGCAUCGAGGAUCUGCGUGCGGCGUCCAGGCAGUUUGAUGAGGAGGGCAGGAAGAAGUUCUUCACUUUGGACAUGAACAAUAUUUUAUUAGAUAUUGAGCUGCAGGUACAGGAACAGUCUCCCUCCAUUCGCACUGCUGUGUAUUCUCACCUCGAGGCUUUUGUUCCCUGCAACAAGGAGGCUUUACUGAAACGCCUGAAAAAACUCAGCUUCAACGUUCAGGAUGAUCGUCUCCGUACUCCUCUGCUGAAGCUGAAGUUGGCAGUGUGUAGUGUGAUGCCUGAACAAACAGCCAGAUACAACAUGGACUGUAUGACGAAAGUAGCAGCAAAGCAGCAGAUGGAGGACUGUGAGAAAAAUGGCUCAGAGGAUGAAGAGGAGGAGAAACCUGGGAAACGAGUGGUGGGGCCAAGGAAGAAGUUCAUGUGGGAUGACAAACUCAGGACUCUGCUGUGUAACCUGGUGCGGGUGAAGUUGAGGUGUUAUGAGCAGGAGGGGAGUUCUCUCUCUGUAGAAGAUUAUCUCAAAGUCUUCAUGGAGAAUGAGGUCAAACCACUCUGGCCCAAAGGCUGGAUGCAGGCCAGGAUGCUGUUUAAGGAGAGCCGUACAGUACACGGUCACCUCACAGACCUGGGGAAGAAGAAGAUCAUUUCCACCCCGAGACCUGCGAAAAUAAAGGAAAUGGGAUGGCAACUUGGGACAGUGCCAGGUGUAAGCCCCGCCCCUCUCUCUAAAUGCCCACCCUCAGAUCCAAUCUGCUUGUCUGAUUCGCUGGAUGAGGAUCUGGCCACAAACUCUCUGGACUCCAUCGCUCAGGCUCUGACUCUCCUCAACAAUUCUGCUAAUGGUGUAAACCCAGACUCUCCCCCCAGCACCUCCCCCUCCUCUCCUGUCAUAGCAAAGCCCCACCCACAUACAGCAAGCCCCACCCCUUCCUCACAGUUUUCCAUGUCAAAAGAAGUCUCUUCAGUUCAGAGACAGACGGUGACUCCUGCUAGCAGACCCAGCAGCGCUAGCAUGAACACCAUGCCUGCUGCUAAGCCCCGCCCACCCCCAACGACCACACCUCUCCAGAAGCCGGGCGGCACGAGUGGGAUGAAGCCUGGCCAAGCCACGCCUCUCUCAGCUCAGAUGAAAAACCCAUCGAGCAAAUUGUGUGACAGUGGCACACCACAGCGGAGUUUGAACACUGUACACCCUAAAAGCUUUCAGCAGGUGACCACACCCUCUUUGUCAUCAUCCCACCUCCAGAAAAAGGCCACACCCACUGGACACCACCAGCAGAGGUUUAUAACACCCAUGCAAGCCACGAUUACAAAGUCUUCCCAAAGUAGCAGCUCUCCAAUAAUUAAACUUACACCCCGCCCUUCUGCUCAGGCCACGCCUUCUGGCUGUGCACCCCGCCCUUCUGCUCAGGCCACGCCUUCUGGCUGUGCACCCCGCCCUUCUGCUCAGGCCACGCCUUCUGGCUGUGCACCCCGCCCUUCUGCUCAGGCCACGCCUUCUGGCUGUGCACCCCGCCCUCUUGGCCCCACCCAAUGCCCUACUAUUACCACACCCUCUUCUGGUCCUGGUAAUCACCCUUCAACCUCAAAUCCUCAAAGUCUUGUUCCUGCACACCGAUCCCCUGCCUCUACACUUCCUCCUUCUGGCCCCACCCACCUCCCUUCAGUUUCAACUCCGCCUUCUCCGAGCUCCCACCGCUCAACUGUACAGACUCCUCUGUGUUCCGCCUACCGCCCGUCUGUUCCCACCCCACCUCCCAACUUCACUCACCGCUCUCCAGCUGCCACACCUCCUUCUGUUUCCUCCCCUGCCCCUUCCUCCUCCCCUGCCCCUUCCUCUUCCCGCCCAUCUGUCCCGACUCCACCCACGUACAGCCCUAAGAGUUCAGGAUUCAAACCACCCUUCAGCCCUACCCCUGUAGCCACGCCCCCCACUUCGAGCUUCCAGGACUGUAAUGUCACAUCCUCAUCUGUAAUGACCAAUCACGGACAGAGGCAGAGAGUGGGAGGAGCCAGUCAGAGCAACAAGACUUCAGCCACUCGUGCCUCAGCCAUGGGACUGCUGUCUCUGUCUGACUCCGCCCUCUUAAACCAGGUGUCGUCGGUGCCGUUGGGGAUGUUCGGGGGUCUCGUACCGGUCUCGCUGCCCUUCCAGUUCCCUCUGCUGAACUUUGCCCUGCCUGGAGCAGCCACACACACCCCCAACUCAGGAUACACACUGACGCCGAAGUCGAACCAAAGUCAGGGAGGAGACAUGAAGCGGAAAUGAGAUGAGACACGAAUGUAAUCACAAAACCCCCUUCACAGAGCUGUUAUUAAAUAUAUACAACACAUUAUUAUAAUAAUGGUUAUGACUGUAGUCAUGAGGAACUGUGGUUUUGCUUCUGUUGUGUGUGAAGCUUCUGGACCUAAUCGAUUGGAACGAAAUGAUCCUCCAGUAAACAAUUUCACUUUAAAGCCCUUCAGACCCUGAAAAAAAUAAAUAAUACAAACGUGAGUCCGUGUGGGAGGAGUUAGUGUGUCACCGUCGACCCCUGUGUUCAGUUUGUCUACUGGGAAUUGUUUUUGUUUACUAAAUAAUUUAAGAAUAAAUAUUCCGAGAGUGCAAACCCAGAAAUUCCACCAGGGGGCGCCAGAGUGCACAACUAUAAACACUGAAUGACAAAAUAGUCUGCUUUUUAAAUCUUUUUGGAGACACUGUGCAGGUCAUGUGACCACAGUUGUGGGGUCUGAAGGGGUUUAGAGCAUUUCUGAUUUUGUCAAUGUUUACAUAAGACCUUAAUCACUGUGGAAGGAAGUGACGUAAUUUAUAUUUGUAUUUAAGUUUGUGCUGUGUGUGUGUGUGAGAGAGAGAGAUGGUUCUACACUCGCUCUAUUCCAUUGAACGUUAAAGUGACUCGAUGUUGUUUAAAGUUUUAAUAAAUGCUUCAGUUAUUUGAGCUUUAACACGGUGACAUUUCAGACCCAGUCAUGAUUUAAUACAAAAGUUUAUAGAUGGAGACAGAAAUGCAAACAUUGUGAGAGAGAGACCGUAAUAUCCCUCAGUGUUUCAGUGCUGUAGACUCACACUGGACCUUAUGAAACUUGAAGUUGCUUUUAUUUGUGUGUGUGAGGGAGAAAUGUGAGCUUGUACUUGAACGUUUCUUUCCUGAAGGAUGUUUAGGCGUGUGCUGAUAAUCAGGUCUACAGUGGAAGUGGGCCGUGAAUCAUCUCACAGCUUGCUUCUGUAGGCAGUAAGGUGCCUCUGUAGGGCGCGACUUUAGUGCUGUAGCUUGUGUGUAGUCCCUAAAACCUGCAGUACACUACAGCAGAGUUCCAUUAAAUCAUGUUGGGAGUGUGUAGUGCCUGGAACCCUGUGGCAUGCACUACACUUCCCACUCACUCCUAAGCACACUACAUAGGGUAUAUAUUCACCUUAAAUCCUUUCUAGGAUUGUUCACUAUAUGAAGUGCACAGAGAAAGGCCUACCUCUAGCCAUAGUGCCCUAGAUAGGGUGUGAUGUUAAUGCCACUUUUAUACACCACACUAGUUCACUACAUAGGGAUGACUUCUGCAAGUACAAAAACCCCACCCUUCUACAUUGUGCACUGUAUCCAAGAAGGGAGUGAGAGAUUUUACACUCUGUAUUUACAGUAGUCUACAGAAGGGGAACGACGUCCCCGAGAAAAACAAAAAUCCUGAUUGUCACAUGACUGCAAACACCUUCGAGUGAGAGAUUAUAAUCUAAAACUAUGCAGGAUGCUUUAAAUGCAAAAAGAACAUGUGCUUCAACUGUUAACUGUGUGUGAGAGGAGAGAGAGAGAGAGAGAUAUAAAUACCUCUGUUUAGUAUCAGCUUUUCCUUUCAAGUCUGUUUUUCCUUUUUAUUUUUUAAACUUUUGUUUUUAGGGUUGAACUGAACUGAUUGAUGGCCAAAGAUGUGUGCGAGAGAGAUACUGAACAUGCUAACUAACCACUGUAGCGUAGUUGAUCUAACUUAGCUGUCUGUGAAUAACGUGGACAGAAUUUUAACCCCCCAAAAGAGAGACAUGGAAUAAAUUUUUUGAAGUAGAUUAUUUUUGUCUGUGCUUCUGUAAUAAAAUAAAAAAUGCCAUCUUGAGUGUGGUUUGGAUCAUGUUA